AUGUCGGAGGACGGCGAGCCAAGCGCAAGUAAGCCUCAGGGCACCGGCCAGAUCGACGAGCAGUACAUACAAAGCGAAAUUGACAAGCUCAACAUCGACGAAUUGGUGCAGCCGGAACAAAACAAUGCCCUCAAGAGAGUAAUCAAAACUGAUCGAAAAAUUGUCAUCAAUUUAGAUAGCAAAAUAAGUACUCUGCACAAGUCAUGUCAGUAUGGGAAGCAAGUGUCCAAAAUUAUCAACUUCAAAGCGGAGGGACUUAGCAGCAUUUCGCUGAAGGAGAAACUGAGGCUAAUUCUGGAGACCCUCUCGGGGGAGUUCUCCGAGGAGGCACCCACAGAAGGGGAAGAAGGGGAAGAAGCGGAAGAAGCGAGGGGUGCGGGGAACGUGGGAGAGGAUCAACCCAGGCAAACUUCACCAUAUGGAGGAGCGAAGCGGCUAAGCUUCACAAAACUGUCGAAGUAUUUCAGCGUAGGCACUCUCCCCUUCUGUCCCAUCAACUACGACACUAUCCCGCUGAACCUGUUCCUGGAUAGCGAAAACGGAUUCAGCCUGCACAGGAAAGAACAGAAAAAGACACACAGCAGGACCAAACAGACACUCGGAAACACCACCUACAGAAAGUUAAAAGAAUUCACACAUGAGAACGAACCAGAGAUUAAAUUAGAGACGGAUGCCAAUAAAGUGCUUUGCAUCCGAACGAGCGACCUCUUUAGGCACACCGAGGAACGGCUGGUUGGCGAUGGAGAUGGAGAUGGCGGCGAUGGUGGAGAUAGCGGCCGUGGUGAUGGCCAUGGCGGAGGUAACUACUCUGCGCGCCACACGGGGGGGACUCUUCCUCCAAGGAAAAAUCAGGCCCUGCUGACUGCCUGGUCAUACCAGAAGUGGGAGAAGCUCGCCAAUCGCCUGGCGCCGCACCGUUGA